AUGGGCUACGCACCCUUCGUACCGAGAUAUGGCUUCGAGGAUGCGUACCCUCAGACAUAUGUGGAGGUUUCUCCGAGCGGUCCAUGGUACACCGAAGAGCAACCGGCAGUGUAUUGGCAGCAGGAGAUGGCAGCAGCGCAGCGCCGCGAGGCUGCAGAGGUGCGGUUGCUGGAGUCCGAGCUCCAUGCGGCUCGCACGAGCCCGCUGGCAGCUUGGCUUCGUGGCCCGGUCACCUGCAUCGAGCACGAGGUCGUGCGGAGAAGAUAUGCGGCAAAGGUAAACCAGAAUUUCAGAGGAAAAGAGACUAAGAGCGUGGCCGCUGAUGCUUCCUCUUUGCCACUGACGGUGGGCUUCGAGUCGCCAGUCCUCGUGCAGGACAUGACGGCGGCCGAAAGGCAAAGGGAUGAGGAGGGUUUGGUGGAUGGAGAGGGAGAAGGAUGUUCACAGAGCUUCGCCGACAUUCUAGGCCCGAGCUGCGUCAUCAAGCGCGUGGAUAAGGAUCAAAAGGUCAUCGGCCACGCCGAUCCUAACGAGAUGCAGCAGGAGCUGGUCGCGAGAGCAGCGACUCAGAAAAGGCUCGGGGCAUGUGCAGAGCACGUCCACCAUCUGCCCAGAAAGGAGAAGCUGCAAUGGGCUCUCGACCUCAAGGACAAGGCGAACGAGUGCUACACACAGAGCAGAUUCGAGGAGGCAGCGCGCCUCUACAACGACUGCUUGGUGGCACUGGACUUCGACGGCAAGGAGGAUGAGACUGCAGAGGUAGUGGCGAAACUGCAGCUACCCGUUUGCACAAACUUGGCCGCCUGCUUGAUUGAGAUGGCGAAGUACGAGGAAUGCGCCGGUCUCACGCCGCCCUUCGAGAGCGGGACUUUGGGCAACAUGUUCCUGGAUCCUGCGCUGGAUCUGAACUUCACAGGAAUAUGGUGGAUGGAUGGCAAUCCAUUGAUAUGGGAGCAGCUCGUGUCCUUCGCAGGGGCACAGGGCAUGGCGCCGUAUCCAACGACUGUGUACAACCCCUCCAGCUUGGCAGGCCACUGGACCUGGUCUGACAAUUUCUUUGGCCGUGGCAUCAUGAUGUUUUAUGCAUUCACUGAAGUUGCAGAAGCAACUCACGACUUCUUCUUUACGAACAAGACGUAUGCAGAUAUCGAUGCUACAUCGGACUUGGUCUUUGGAGACGGCACCUUCCCAAUGUCGAAGAUCAAUGAGGAUGAAUGGGAUAGGGUGAAUAGUUACGUCCUUCGUCGCAUCGUCUACGGAGACGGAACUCCUCAUCCUGUGUUCUGGCCCAAGUUCCUCGACUGGUACAAGAGCACUUUUCCAGGUCUCGGUAUCGCAGUGAUGAGCAGCAACAAUGAUUGUAUACGGAGAUGUCAGUACGUCGCACCUUGCAUGGUCUGUCAACCUCUCUGUGGAGUGGCCUGA